UCAAAACCAAACAACACUCAAUAAUUUAAGCGACAACAAAAUAACAUAGAAAUAUAUAAUUUGCUAACGGCACUUUUCAAUAUCAAUCACAUCAAUUCGUAUGUAUUUAUUCGCGUACAGUAUUAAGCAAUUCAUAAUUAUAACAAUACAAAAAAUACAUAUUAAUCAGGUGUGUGUGCGUGUGUGUGUGUGUGUGUUGAAAGAAUUGUCUCCAAUUUGCAACAAGUUGUCUCGUCUAGUCCAAUGCGGAAACGGAAGCCAAUGUUGUCAACGCGUCGUAUGCGUAAUCUCAGCUAAAAAACCGUUGCGCUCGUGUGGCACACGGUGCGUAUGUGUAAUGUGAACUAAUUGCAAGUGCAAAUUUGCAGCAUAAAUAAAAUCAAUUACAAAUCCAAUUGGUUGACUUGACUUGCCGUUGCAGCUGCAGCUGUUCUUAAUAAUUAAUACGUAUCCGUAUCUUUGUUGAUGUCUUCGGUGCAUUUCUUGCAAAAAAUAACAUUGAGCGAAAAGUCCUUGUGCUACAGUUACUACGCGUAUAUAUACAUACACCCGCCUACACAUACAUCCCCACAUCCGUACGUAUAUCCGUGUAUAUAUAAACGUGAGUAAGUCAUUACGUCGUCGAUUGCUUACGUCGCCAGUGGGGAAACUGCGCAAACGCUAAAUUCUAAAGCAAGUUCAAGUCUAAGGACAUGCAAAAAAAGCAAGGACACUGCCGCGAGUGCUUAUAUGUGUGUAUGUGUGUGUGUACAUUUUAGUGCAUACAUAGAUAAUGAAGACAGCAAUAAUAACUGCAAGGUCUCAUUACAACAACAAAAACAACAACAACAACAACGGCAACAACAAACAAAACCAAGAACUAUAAGAAAAACUACAACAAUUGCAGUGCUUGAAUAAAAAAGGAAGUUGUUCACAAUUUUGGACGUCGGGCUGGAUCUCCAUCGGCUUGGAGUGCGCCACACAGGUGCAGAUACAACACCAACAACCACAUCCAGUGAGUCCCGCAGAACGCCACCCACAAAAUUAACGGAGCAAGGCUCGAGACCUUUCACAAAAAUCGCCAGCAAAUUGAAAAACGUAAAGAGCGAAAGUGUAUCCAGUGGAACAGCGAGGAUAACGACGACAACAGCUCCAGUUCGAUCACCCAAAGCCGAAACAGAAACCGACACAGAAUCAGAUUCAAAAGUUGCAGAAACUGUGACGGCAACAACUGCAGAACGCACUAAACUCAGCCAAGUGAGGCUAACUAACCAAUCGACUACAAGCAUGUUACUUUUGCAACCCAAUAGCUCCUUUAGUUCACUCUCGUCGUUCGACAAUUUCUCAACGCAAACCGUGACAACGACAACAGCGACGUCGGCAGCAGCAGCAGCAGCAGCAGAGAGUAGUGCUGGACAUCAUCAUAAUCAUCAUCAUCAUCAUAAUCACCGGCAUCAUCAUCAGCAUCAGCAAACCCUGCAAUCGCAUCAACAACACAAUCAACACUUGCUGCUGCCCACAUCCAGCCAGGACACAUUGCUCUCCCAUGAGGAGGAUCAGCUGAUAAGCAAUCUGGCCGAUGCAGCCGUCACGCACAGUGAACUCUUCUCGGAUUUAUUUUUCCCCUCGGACUCGAACAACUCCCUACUAUCGCCGGCACUGGAGCACCACUCGGUCGCCAGCUAUCCGGAUACACAGGUGGAUGUGCCGCCGCCGUCCUCCCAUGAGACAUUGAUUGGCAGCAGCGAGGACAUCACUAGCUCCAUUGAGAAUCUCACCAAGCUGACGUGCCUGCGCGACAAGCGACUCUCCUCCAUCCAAGAUCAGCCAGCUGGCAGCUCCGAGCAGGAUCACCAUUCGAUCUGUCUGCUCAGUCUACGCUCCAGCAGUGAUCCCGCUAUUGCUCUACACGCCCAGCAGCAACAACAACUACAGCAACAACAACAACAACAUCUGCAGGCAGUCCAUCAGUUGCAACGGCAGCGACACGGCGCCAGCGAUUUACUGAUCUCACCAAUUGGGGGGCCGCUCUCGUGCGGCAGCAGCCUACCCAGUUUCCAAGAGACCUAUUCCCUCAAAUACACCAGCAGCAGCGGCAGUCCCACGCCCCCCACUGCCACGCCCUCCGAUCAGUUGCUAACCCUCAAAAUGGAUGAUGAUUGCUUUCCGCUGACCAACACCGCUGCGGAAGUGUUGGCGGGUCUUAGUUCAGGUCCUCCCUCCGGGCAGCUGCAGUCGCUGCAUCAAUUGCAUCAAGCUCAACCCACACACCUCUCACAUUCCGGCAACAACAAUAGCAACAACAACAGCAACAACAACGCAAACAACAACAACAGCAGCAGUGGCAGCUACAACUAUCAUGGCCAUUUCAAUGCCAUCAAUGGCGCUUCCAAAUUCUCGCCAAGCUCAUCAGCCAGCUCGCUCUAUGAGUACAGUGGCCAGAAUGAUCUGUUCUAUGGCCAACAACAACAGCAACAACAUGGCUAUCAGCAGCAUAACUACAACAUGAAUAAUGGCGAGCGUUUCUCUCUGCCCACAUUUCCCACCAUAUCAGAGCUGGAGGCAGCGAACGCUGCUGCCGCCGAUGCCAAUGCUGGUCCCACCUCCGGCUCCAAUUCCGUCGUCGCCGUCUCUAUGCCGCCCAUGCGACGUGCCUCGUUGCCCGUGCAACGUUCCGUUUCGCCCGCUGCUGCUGCACACAGUCCCAAACUGGCCAAGUUGACUCUUGGUCCGCGACAUGCUCAUGCUCAUGCCCUGCAGGUGCAGUUGAGUUCCACGCCCAAUUCAGCGGCCAGUUCACCAGUGAGUGGAGCUGGUGUGGAUCUCCUACACAGCCAGGCGGGCAGACUGCUGCAGUCGGCGAGCUCCUCGCAGUUGUGCGCAGUGUGCGGAGAUACCGCCGCCUGUCAGCACUAUGGUGUGCGAACCUGUGAGGGCUGCAAGGGAUUCUUCAAGCGAACCGUGCAGAAGGGGUCCAAGUAUGUGUGCCUGGCGGACAAGAGCUGUCCGGUGGAUAAGCGGCGACGUAAUCGCUGUCAGUUCUGUCGCUUUCAAAAGUGUUUGGUGGUGGGCAUGGUCAAGGAAGUGGUGCGCACGGAUUCUUUGAAGGGUCGCCGCGGACGAUUACCAUCGAAGCCAAAGUCGCCGCAGGAGUCACCACCAUCGCCGCCCAUAUCGCUGAUAACGGCGCUGGUGCGCAGUCAUGUGGAUACAACACCGGAUCCCUCGUGCCUCGACUACACACACUACGAGGAGCCACUCGAUCCGCUCACGCCGCCAAUUGUGGCCAGUGCACUGGCCAUGAGUGAGGCUGACAAGGUGCAUCAGUUCUAUCAGUUGCUCACCAGCUCGGUGGAUGUGAUCAAACAGUUUGCUGAGAAGAUACCCGGCUAUCUGGAUCUCACCUCCGAGGAUCAGGAACUGCUCUUUCAAUCCGCCUCGCUGGAAUUGUUCGUCUUGCGUCUGUCGUAUCGGGCACGCAGCGAUGAGACCAAGAUGAUAUUCUGCAAUGGCACAGUGCUCCAUCGGAAUCAGUGCCAGAGAUCCUUUGGCGAUUGGUUGAACGGCAUCAUGGAGUUUAGUCGCAGCCUGCAAAAUCUCGAGAUUGACAUAUCGGCAUUUGCCUGCCUCUGUGCACUAACCCUGAUAACAGAGCGUCAUGGCCUGCGUGAGCCAAAGAAAGUGGAGCAGUUGCAAAUGAAGAUCAUUGGCAGCCUGCGGGAUCAUGUCACCUACAAUGCGGAAGCGCAAAAGAAGCAACAUUAUUUCAGUCGACUCCUGGGAAAAUUGCCCGAAUUGCGCUCUUUGAGCGUGCAGGGAUUACAGCGGAUAUUCUAUUUAAAACUGGAGGAUCUGGUGCCUGCACCGGCAUUAAUCGAGAACAUGUUCGUCACCACGUUGCCCUUUUAGGCGCCACACAUACAUCAAAUCACAUCACAUCACAUAACUUUGCUUCCUUAAACUUUAGCUUUUAAUAACAUAAUUAAACAUAACAUAUACAUAUAUAUAUA